AUAUUCCGUUGGUGGUGGGGUGGGAGCGAUCCGACCGACGUGAACACACUGCGCUCCUAUGACGAAUGGUCCGCCGGAUCGCCUAGUAAAUUUCGACUUUUCCCCGGUUUUCCGCUAGUGUUCGGUUUGUUUUUUUUCGCCCGUCGUCGCAGCUCAGGCCUACACCGAUAGCCCCAUCCGAACACGUUGAUCAGCAAUUAACGGCUGUUGUACGUCAUUAUUUAAUAAUAAAAAUAAAUUUUUUUGACGUCGUGUGUGCGUGUGUGUCGCCAUUUUGUGUUGCGCCUUAGUGUUGUAUGCGCGUUUGAUUUCUGAAUAAAAAUCGGUCAACUGCUGUGACAGUGCAAAUAAUUCCGUUUUUUUAGCACCGGUUCGCUUGUGACAUUGUCCGGCCGUCGAGCGACACGAUACGGGAAGCGCGCCGCCGACUGGACUGUAGUGCUGCUGUACGUGUUGGGAGCGUGGGGUGUGCGCGUCCGUCACAGAUUUGCCGCGGCGUAGAGAUAACGGCCACCGCCACCGCCGCCGGUGGUGAUAACAACGAUGCAGUGGCCGCCAACGUGAAGAACUAUGCCCACCGUCUCGGACGUCGUCCAGCGUUAACAAUCCAGGACAUCAAACCCUUUCACGGCCGCCUCCGUUGAAACAGUAGCACGCCGCCGCCCUGACUUCGGUGUCUCGGCACAGGCAUGGCUAGCGUCCUGAACAAAGAUCCGGCCAGCUAUGCUAAGGAAAAAUCCAGUUUCCUCAGGGAUUUGCAGCAUUUUCACGACACUAGAGGAACGCCGAGUCGUGCUCCACCUAAAAUUAAUGGACAUGAAAUCGACUUGUACCUUUUAUAUGUUCUCGUCACAGCACAAGGAGGAUGGGUUAAGGUGAAUCAAAGAAAUGAUUGGAAAAAUCUUUUAGAAAAUUUUAAUCUGAAUUCUUCUUGUGUGAAUGCUGAAGUUGCCUUAAAACAAAUAUAUUUAAGAUAUUUGGACCGUUAUGAAAAAAUUAAUUUUUUGGGGGAAACUGGAUCAAUCGCAGGUGAUGAUGAUGAAGAUAGUAGACAUAAAAAAUGGUCAGCUAGAGCUUUACACUCUGUUCCUUUAGUUUAUAAUCAUCAUCAGCAUUCUGUAACUGACCAAGUAAGAACAUUUCAUGGUCUGUCAACUAAUUUAUACAAGCCAAGUGACUAUGACAAGUUAUCAUUAUCGCUGCUAUCACCAUUGCCAAAUGAACAAGACUUGGCAAUAAAUGUUUGUAUUCUUCUGUCCAAUGAAAACAAACAUGCUAUUAAACUGUCUAAAUGUCCAAAAAUACUUCAUCACCUUCUAGCUCAUGCUGGAGUAUUUACUCAUCCUGCUUCUCGAAAAUAUUGGGAAGAAUAUUAUCAAAAAGUUCGCAAAUGGUCUUAUAAAACUUUUUGGAAAGAAGUUUUGGAUGAAAAAGAGCUUUUAUAUUUGACAGAUGAGAAUCGUUUUUGCGCACGAACACAAGAAGCUCCUCCACGUAGAGAUGAUGAUUCAAGCACUUGUAGUGAUGACGAAGAUGAAAUUAGAAACAAAGUUAAAUUGAACUUUGAUUCUUCUGAUGAUGAGUUAUUUAGCCUCAAAAGGCCUCUUGGGACAGAUGAUCCUUAUGGCCAACGAGUGUACCAAGUUGCCCUGAUUCUUAGAAAUUUAACUUUUUUUGAUGAAAAUAUGAAAGUGAUGGGACAAGAUUUGACAUUUUUGAGAUUUGUGUUGUUGUGUUGUGCAACACGCUGGAAUUGUUUACAUCAGAUUGGAUUUGAUAUGCUGAGUAAUAUUGGACCAGUUGUUCCUCUGGAUGUUGGUUCUCUACAACAUGCCACAUUAAACAUUGUUUGUAAAAAUAUCACUGAAUCUAAUGAUCGUGCAGUUAUUCUAGGCGCUGUUGAAGCUUUAAACAAAAUGGGUACUAAAGAAUCAAACGAGGAAUUUUUGUUGAAAAAUAUAAAUCAAAAUGUAUAUAAUAAAAUUUGCAAUAUGCUAUCAUUACAUGAUAUUAUGCUGUUAAUACAAACAUUAGAAUGCUUAUAUUCUUUAAGUUCCCUCGGUGAACGUGCUUGUAAUGCAAUUGUUCAUGUGCAUGGUGUGAUCGAUACACUAGUUUCUUUAAUUACAGUUGAGGCACAAGCAUAUGGUCCAAAGGCUUGUAUACUUAUGAGAGUUAUUGAGACUGUCUCAGCUCCAACAUCAACAACAUAUAUACCAGAACCAACUACUAAAACUACUGCAAUGGCUGCUCCUAGUGCACCACCUCCUUCAGUUACAUCUCAACAAUUACUUUCAACUUUUUCAUCGCAAAAUGUGUUACCUUUACCAACUCCAGCUGUUGCUAAUCCUGUCAUAUUACCAAAUGCUCCUAGUGCUGUGCCAGUCAUGUCAUCAUCUCUUAAUACUUUCACAUCAGUGGCUCCAACUGGAUUACCUCUUGUACAAUCAGUUUCAAGCCCUAAAAUUAUUGUAUCAGCUUCAUUACCUAUCACAACUACUAGUACUACUUUGGUGACUUCUAAUCAAACAUCUACAACUAUUUCACAACCAGCUAAUUUGAUUCAACAAGAAAACGAACAAUUUGCUUUAAACUGGAUCCGAGCUACUCUUGAAGUUUGUCCUACACCAGGAAGAGGUAUAGAUCAAGCUGAAUUGUAUAAACUUUACAUGACAGCUUGUGCAAGAGCUGGUCGAAGAGGAGUUAUUGCACCAUUACAUUUUCCUCGUUGUGUAAAAGCUGUAUUUGGACCUUCUGUUGGACCUAAAAGUGUAAAAUUGGCUCAAAGUCAUGGUGGCAUUGCAAUGGAUCCACCUACUCAAAUUAUUGCUUAUGAAGGAAUUCAGGUUCGAGCUAAACCAUUGCCAUUAACAAUCAGUAGUACUACAAUGAUUGUAACACAAACAUCAUCUGUGGUGACAACUCCAUCUAUUCCAACCUCACCUAUCCUUAAAGCACAGCUUAGUGCACCAGCUGCUAACCCUCAACAAAAUACACCAUUAAUCAAACGAGAAAUCCUUGGAAAGACUGCGCACAAUUCUAACCUAGCUAGUAAUACGGGAACUGAGAUACCUGUUAUCACUACAGUAGUAUCAUCAACUGUAUCACAAUCAGAUGGAACCAUGUUAUCAAAUUGCAAUACUUCUUUAAUAAAAACAUUAUUAGCUAGCAAGGUAUGCGAUCCUAAAUCAACUGUACCUUCUGCAACAAUUAAACUUAGCAAUAAUGAGUCUUGCACGUUGUAUGCUUCCUCCCAAAACUGCAAAAGUACUGUAAUAACAGAGGUAACACAACGGCAACAACAACAACAGAAAAUAUUACAACAACAAACCAGCUCAGUUACUUCACCUACUUUACCAUCGGUUGUACCUAAGCAAAUUCCCAAAAUAAAUGGAAUUCGUGUUUCUUCUGUAGAAGAUGUACUAAAAAAUGACUGCAACAUUAUUACAAAAUCUGAUAAUCAAUCAUCUGUCAUUACUACUAUUGCAUCAAAUAAUAAAGUUUUUGUUAACAGUAUUACAGAAAAAUCUACAGAAGAUAAAAAUGAUGCAGUUUAUGUUGAUAGCAAGAAAGAAUUUCUAAUAAAUGGAACACCAGAAAUUUCUGAAAUCAAUAAUGUUGCAUCUAAAAGUGUAACAUUAUCAGGGCUGUUAGAUAAGGAAAUAGAAAAAAAGGAUACCCCAUUUCUCUAUGGCUCUAUUCAAGUAGGAGAAAAUGGAUUAGAAUUAAAUGGCGCAGAAUGCACCCAAAAAAGAUCAUCUGAUGAAGUAUUUUUGACGGGUAGUUCAAAAGUUAAACAAGAACAAACCGAUGAGAAUGGACAACAGUUAUCAAAAGUUGUUGGUGUUAAAAGACCGUCUGAAGAAGAAAUUCCAUGUGAUCAAGCACCAAAAAAACCACAUAUUAAUGGUAAUAGUAGUGGAAAUGAUGAUGAUAAUAUAGAAAUUGAUGAAAGUAAUGUUAAAGCUUCUUCAACUGCUGCUAAUUUAUAUGCUGCUUUAGCAGCAGAUGUGUUAGAAGACAUUGAUGGUUUGGAAGAUGAGCCUGUAAAACCUCCUUCAGUACUAUCUCAACAAGUUCAAGUCAAUCAAGCUGUAACAACUCAACAAAUUUUUCAAAGUCCUGGUCAAAUUAUUGUCUCGUCUGCUAAUGCUCAGUGGACUUCAAAUAAUCAAAGAGGUAUUGUGACAAUGGUACAUCAAGGUAAUGCUAGUGGUCCUCAAUAUGUAUUGGCUCAACCACAAUCAGCACUUGUACAGGGUCAAGCACAAACUGUGUUGGUUGCUCAAACUACACCUCAAGGUUCAGGAGCUAAAACAAUUAUAAUUCUUCAACAGCAGCCUGGAAGUAACAGUCAAUCACCAAAUACUGUAACUUUGAGCCAGGCCAACUUUGUUCAAAACUCACCACAAAUGAAUCAAUCAAAAGUUAUUGUUCAAAGAAUACCAACACCUCCUUCUAUUAAGCAACAAGUUACUACUGUUGCAGCAAGACCUGUAACCCCUGUUACAUCUGUGGCUACUAAACAACAGCAAGUAAAAGUUAUUAAAACCGUACCUCAUAUAAUUUCUGCUACAAUGCCUUCUCCUAAUGUUCAAACAAAAAUUAGAACAACUACUCCAAUUAAAGCAACUGGAGGAGAAGUUCAAACCAUUACUAAUCAAGGCCAAUUUUUAUGUGAAUGGCGUGGGUGCAUGAGAAAUUUUAAAUCUGCCAAUGAAGUUUACAUGCAUGCUUGUGAAUCCCAUUGUCCAUCAAAUGGAGUACAAGAAAUGCAGUGUUUAUGGGAACGAUGUGACUCUAUGAAGCGAAAACGGUUUUCAUUAAUGACACAUUUAUAUGAUCGACAUUGUAAUCCUGAUGUAUUAAGAAUGAUGGCAGUUCGUAGGCGGCAACUUUCUCAAAGUGGUCGUAGUGAAAUACCAGCUCCUGCUCCACCUACUCCUCAUCCAGGUUAUGCUCCUAAUGCAGCAUUCAAUGCUAUCAAAAGGCAUGCAUUAGAAUUUGUUAAUCCCAAAGAACUUCAGCAAAGACUAGUUAGUGCGGCAGGAAACAAUCAAUCGGCUAGCAAUGUCGAUCAGGAUGAUAAUGAAGGUCCAGUCACAAAAAGCAUUCGCCUGACCUCAGCAUUAAUUUUACGAAACCUAGUCAUAUAUUCCUCAACUGGAAGAUGGCAUAUAAAACGUUAUGAAGCUCAUUUAUCUAAUAUUGCUUUAAGUAAUGUUGAAUCAUCAAGAACAAUUGCACAGUUAUUAUUUGAUUUGUGUCAUUCCAGUUGACCACAAUCUCAAUACUAAAAUAUUAUAUUGAAUUGUUUGUGAAAAGAUCACCAACACUUAUGUGCUUUUAAUAUUUAUUUUUUAAAUGCCAAUCUUGUACAUAAAUCUUGUAUAUUUUUUUAAUAAUUAGGUUUUGAGACUAAUAGUCUCUAUCUUUUUAAGUAAAAAAGAAACAAACUUUGAGAUUUGACUAUUGACUUUCAUGUCUUCCAGUAAUACAUGCAUUACAGUACUUAAAAUUUGACAUGAGUUUUUACAACUAGACUGAUUGUGUUCUUCUACUUAAACUGUUACAAAUUUGUUUUGAUAUAUAGUUUAAGUAAUAUUUAUUAUUGGUCUAAUUCAAUUAUUCUUGUAUAUAUAUUUAUAUAAAUAUGUAAAUAUAUGAUUUGUUUUAAGAGUGAAUUAAACUAAGUAAAAAUAUUAAAAUAUUUAUAUCAAUAAAAAGUAAUAUGCGUCUAGUAGUGUUACUUAUAAGCGAACAAUUAUUGUUUUCCUAGAUUUUUUUUUAAUUAUAAAAAUUAUUAUUAUAUUAUAUAUAUAUAUAUACAAGUGGCAAACCAGUUACGUGAAUUUGUACAUAAAUACUUAGACGUUACCUGAGUUUUAUACAAUUUUUUUCAAAUAAAAAAAAAACUAUGUAUAAAUAUGUUUUUAUUUUAUUAUUGUUUUAUACACUUCUCGUACAUUUUGAAUCAUUGCAAAUUUUUUUACUUGUAACUUUACUUAAGUAAUUAAUUUAUGUUACUUAUUUAUCUAAUAUUG